AUGUCGCGACCCCAAUGUCGCGACAUGUCGCCUAAAGAAACAGUCACCACUCACCAGUUACCAGUCACCAGUCACCAGUUACCAGUCACCAGUCACCAGUCACCAGUCACCAGUCACCAGUCACCAGUCACCAGUCACCAGUCACCAGUCACCAGUCACCAGUCACCAGUCACCAGUCACCAGUCACCAGUCACCAUCACCAGUCACCAGUCACCAGUCACCAGUCACCAGUCACCAGUCACCAGUCAUCAGUCACCAGUCACCAGUCACCCGUCACCAGUCACCACUCACCACUCACCAGAGACGACACCAGGCAUCACAAGAGUGAACACCGACUUAACCACCGUCCACCAGAGUCAGGCAGUCAUCUGUCAUUAG